AUGGACGUGAUCUCCAGGAGCGCGACGACGUCGUCGAAUCUGAAUCCCAACGCUCCGAUGUUCGUGCCGCUGGCGUAUCGGACGGUGGAGGACUUCUCCGCCGAAUGGUGGGCCCUGGUUCAGUCCUCCCCUUGGUUCCAAGACUACUGGCUCCGGGAGCGCUUCCAAGAUCCCCAAAACGACGGCGCCUAUCCCGAUAUUCUCGAUCCUGACCUCCUCCCCGACAUCGACGCUCUCUUCGACGACGUCGAGAACCACCACCACUCCCCCCGCACUCAGCCGGCGGUGGAGGAACAAGAGAAGGACUUGAAGAAAGAGCUGGCGUCGUUGGGAUUGCUGAAAUGGCGGAAGGGCCGACCCGCGGCGGAGGCGCCGAGGUACAUCGAAAAGGCUCCGAAGAUUGUCAACGUGAAAGUGAGUCCGAGGCCGAUCCAGCAGCCGCGGUAG